UUGUUACUUUUCUGUCUCAAAACGAAAUAAAAGUUCGAAAUUUGGUACGAAAGAUAGAAAGUGAAUCAAAAAAAAAAAAAAAUGGAUUCAUCGAACCUGAGUUCAGUCCCGGAGGACGAGCAGCACCGACAAGAUAGCAGUAAGCCGGUUGUUUCUGCCUUUGCCUCGCGUCCUGAUCUCCCCCCAACUAAGAGUUCUUCUGAGAAAUACUCGCCUUUAGAUUGGUCCAACUAUUUUGAUCGAGAGGAAGAUGUCUCCAUACCGGACUCAAAUGAUGUCUUUCAUUUAUAUAUGGCAGGAACAGAAGGACCAGUUGUUUUUUGUCUACAUGGGGGUGGUUACUCUGGGCUCUCGUUUGCACUGUCAGCUAGUAAAAUUAAAGAGAAAGCUAGAGUAGUUGCCAUGGAUCUUAGGGGACAUGGAAAAUCAUCCUCAGAAAAUGAUAUUGAUCUAUCUAUCGAGACAAUGUGCGAUGAUGUUUUUGCUGUUUUGAAGGCGCUGUAUGGAGAUUCUCCUCCCGCCAUUGUGCUUGUUGGCCACAGCAUGGGAGGCUCAGUUGCUGUACACGUUGCUGCGAAGAAAACAUUGCGUGGUUUAGCUGGUUUGGUGGUUGUGGAUGUUGUAGAGGGGACAGCAAUGGCAUCAUUAGUUCACAUGCAGAAAAUCCUCUCAGGCAGAAUGCAGCACUUUUCAAGUAUUGAGAAAGCGAUUGAAUGGAGUGUUAGAGGAGGUUCUUUAAGAAAUAUUGACUCUGCUCGUGUAUCCAUUCCUACCACUUUAAAGUACGAUGAUUCAAAGAAAUGUUAUGUCUACAGAGCACGGCUGGAAGAGACAGAACAAUAUUGGAGUGGCUGGUAUAGUGGCCUUUCAGAAAAAUUUCUGUCUUCCCCUGUUCCAAAGCUCUUGCUAUUAGCCGGCACUGACAGAUUGGACAGAGCACUCACGAUAGGUCAAAUGCAAGGCAAGUUUCAAAUGGUCGUUAUCAGACAUACAGGGCAUGCUAUUCAGGAGGAUGUACCCGAAGAAUUUGCUGCAUUGGUACUCAAUUUUAUAGCUCGCAACCGCAUUGGUCCUCAUGGAGUCGAGAUACCCGGACUUGCUCGGCCUCGGCCGGCACAAGCUCAGUCGGAGCCAAAACCUUAAAACAGCCACCAUGAUGAAUUUUUAGCUGCUGAUAAAGUUUAAUUCUGUGGCCUUGGCUGUCUUUGAACUUUCUGUCGUUUCUUUUGUUUUAUUUAUUUGCAAGGAUUAUUUUAAAGCUAGGAGCAGUUGGAAAGGUAAAGCUGGAGUUUUAUGUUUUGAUAAUAAUGGAUACCAAGAUUAUUUUUAUGUGAUAAACGAAAACAUCUAACCAGGUGAGGCCUCUGGCCUCUGCUUAUAU